CUCCUCCCCCGAGAGAACGUCAGUAGAUUAUGACGUCACACGGUAUAAACUAUACACCCGCGCGCUCUGAAGAUCACUUCAGUUCAGUGAGACUCCGAAGCAGAAGCGAAGACGUUCACCUGAGCAGAGACUCGAAGUCCCUCCAAACAGACAGUUGACUAAAAUUCAGCAAGUUUGACAGCGAUACAGUCAACACGCGUUUCUCCUGCGUUUGAGUCAGUGGAGCUCUACUUCAGCAGCUCAGUGUCAGCAGAUGUUCAGAUGAUGUUGAGUGACUCUCCACAGACAGCUGGAGGAAAAAGCUCUUCAGAACAACAGGCUUCUCCCGCAGCAGCCGCUAUGGAGAACCGCCCAACAGAAAAACAAACCAGGAAGAGGAAGAAAAAAUGCAUCCAUGCAUUCUUCCGGCGAAUUGGGAAGACUUUAAAGCUUUGCACCCUACAUUGCUACAGGGACGAUAUAUUGCCCCCAUCUCCAUCCGAUGAUCCAGCAGAUCUCCAGCCAGGUUUUUCUGGCCUUGAAUGGGCGUUAUCAAUCGAUCCAUGUCCAUCUGGUUUGGAGCUGACAGUUAACACCAAUCCGGCUGAUCCUGAUGGGUCAUUGGUCUCAGGACCAUCCAGUCUUGAGGUGAUAUCUGACAGUGAUCAGGCUGAUCCGGAGCCAUCACCUGUCCCAGGUCCAUCCAGCCUCGAUUUAAAGUUAACACUGGAUCCAGGUCUAUCCAAACUGAUUUCUGAGACAAUGAAUGUCCCAGGACUAUCUAGUCUUGAUGUAACACCUGUACCAAGUCUAUCCAGUAUUGAGAUGAAACCGGACAUGGAUCUAACCGAGCUCAAGCCAUCAUCUGUCCCAGGUCCAUCUGGUUUUGAGGCAGCUGUUGAACAACAAUCAACAAAGAGGAAGAAGAAAGGCAUCUGUGCAUUCUUCCGCCGGACAUGGAGGGCUGUUAAGUGUGCUGCUCUCUGUUGCCAAAGGGGCAACAAAGUGGCUCCAGAUCCAUUUGCCAUUGACCCAAUGGCUCAACAGGAUAAUUCGGAUCUCCAGCCAGAUUUAUUCAGCCUUGAGUGGCUGACACUUAAUGCUGAGCCAACAUAUCUGGAGCCAUCACCUGUCCCAGGCCCAUCCAAACUGAAUAAUGAGCCAAUGCCUGCCCCACAUCAGUCUGGUUAUGAGCCACCUGUUGAAAAACAAAGAAAAAUCAGGAUGAAGAAAGACAUCCAAGCAUUCUUCCAGCGAACAUGGAGGACUGUUAAGUUUCCCUCCUUGGCCCCAGAUUCAUGUCGAGUUGAGCCAGUAGCUCACUGGGAUCCAGUGGACCUCCAGCCAGGUCUAUCUGGUCCCUUGUGGUUGUUAAGGAAUGAUCCAGGUCCAUCUUGUUUCGAGGUGACAGUCACGGCCAACCAAAAUCCACCUGAUUCUAAGCCAGAUCCAUUCAGCCUUGAUUCACACUUAACACUUGACCCAGGCCCAGGUAGUCUUAUAGUUGAGUUGACGUCUGUCCCAGGACCAUCCAGUCAGGAGAUAAUGCCAGUCAAUGGGUCUGACAUGGGUCUGGAUGUUCCUGAGCUAAAACCCAUUCCAGGUUCCAGUCUCGUUCUGACAGCUGCUGUGGAUCUGAUUGAUCCCGAGACGUCAUCUGCCUCUGGUUCAUCCAGCUGCAGACGGACACCUGACACUGAUCUGGACAAUUCUAAACAAAAACAUGUCCCAAUCCUAUCUGGUUUUUGACCAACUGCAGCAUCAUUUUCCUCCUGUUAUGAUGUGGGAGUGAAGUUGGGACAGGGAGCCUUUGGUUCUGUGUAUAAGGGGACUCACAGAUUUAGUGGCCAGAAGGUUGCUAUCAAAUGUAUACCUAAGAAGCCCUGGAACAGCUUUAUUAAUGUGCCUGGAUCUACAGAACCUCUGCUGUCAGAAGUGGUUAUGAAUGUGAUGGUGUGUGCACCUCCGAAAAGCCCCUACAUUGUACAAAUGAUCGAGUGGUUUGAUCAGACACAUCAAUUUGUCAUAGCAAUGGAAUAUCCACAUCCAUGUCAGACCUUGCUGGAAUUUACCAUGUGCCAUGGAAGUUGUCUGGAUGAAUCUGUGGCACGUGGUUUAAUGCGGCAAGCGGUGCUUGCAGCCAAACACUGCAUUGAACGGGGCAUCUUACACAAUGACAUCAAGACGGACAACAUGCUGGUCAACACAGAAACACUGCAGCUCAAACUAAUAGACUUCAGCUGUAGCAAACGUAUUAACAUGUCUUGCUCCGAAGAUCAUCAACAGGCGGUUGGAUCAACAGUCUGGUCUUUGGCUAUGGUACUUUUGGAGAUGAUAAGCAGAGACCAGCCCAUAAGUGUUUUUAUCCCCAAAGCACAUCAUCCUUUGAUACCAAAUUUAUCGAGUGUUAGACAACAGCACACAACAAUAAUACACACAUAAAUUCUUGGCACCAUAUCAGGGUGUACAACUUCUCAGCUACUAAAUAUUAAAGGGAAACUGAUAGAUAGAAUACCAAAAAAUUGAUAUUUAAAGUGCAAUAAGUGCAACACACAGGAGAUUGUCCCUGCUUAAAAUUGAAUACAGUAUGAAAUACUAUGUUUUUCAGAAGCUUUUCAUACUUGACUACAUGCCUGUGCUAUGCUGUCAUAAAGAGCAUACAUGACUUGCCAGCUUUUUCCUCUUUGAAAACUUAUACAGAGUUCCAAGAUCUGAUAUAGCAGUGUCUGGUCAGGCAUCAAAACGAGACGUUAGAGCAGAUUUUAGAACAUCAGUGGUUUAAGCAGGACUGAGGGAAGCCAGAGGCUCAGGAGGCAGGUUGUGUAACAGAUUGAGGGAAGGCAGAUACUAACCACCUCUUCAUUAAAAAAAAGCAGAUCAUUCAUCUGUAGAGAAUAGCUUACAGACAGCACUUUACUGCAGACUGCGGACUUUCACCUUUCACCUUUCACCCGUGGCAUUGAAUAUUACACCUACUAUGUAGACUAUACUAUACAUUUUGCCAAGACAAAUUUGUCAAGAUUCUAGUAUUUGGUUUUUCUCAAAAAUCAUAGAUAAUUGUGCACUUUGGAGAAAAACUAAAUGAAAGAGAAUAUAGUAGUCUAGAGACAAAUAGGCCUAAUACUGAAGGUUCGGGGUGAAUCCUUAGGGGCCUUUUGCCACAGAUGAAAUAAUCCAGGCAUAGCUGAAUUUAAACAGUAAUUUAGAGGAAUUUGACAGAAAAUUUCGAGGGAAGACCCAGUAAACAUUUUACAGUAUAUUACUGACCACCAGAUGUACAUUAGUUUAGGUGCUGACAUUAGAUCAGGUACCGAGGGUAGAGUCAUUUUAUUACAAUAGGCCA